AUGGGAAUUCGAGCUAAAACUGAAGUGAGUACAUUGUGCUUUUCAGAUCCUUCAAUUCGAUCAAACAUGAGCCGAGUAAAUUUGAUCACAGCUAGUGAGUUACAGACCAAAGGAACGCAGUUGGGAGCUGGAGCGUUCGGAGUCGUGUAUGCAGGUUUUUGGUUCCCAAAGGGUAAAGGCAAGAUAAAAGUACCGGUCGCAAUCAAACUUGUCAAGGGGACGUGUACUGGAAAAGAGGUGAGUCUGAACGUUUCCAGAAGUUUGCACAUGUGGGUGAUCUUUCCUGCUCAAAGUAGUGUUAAGGAGACCGAAAUGCUGAAUGAAGCGAUGCAAAUGUCCUCCCUUCGCCAUGAACACCUUCUGCGUCUCGUGGGAAUUUGUCUGCACGAAGAAGGAAUUCAACUGGCUAUGAAGUACCUGUACGAGCAUCGUAUCAUUCAUCGCGAUCUUGCUGCCAGAAACGUUUUGGUGAAACGCCACAACCACGUAGAAGUGACCGAUUUUGGCCUCGCAAAACUUCUCGACUACGGUCAGGAAAAAGUGAAAGUCAUGGAAGGAAAGGUCGCAAUAAAAUGGUUAGCAUUGGAAUCGUUGAGAGAUCAGAGCUACACGCAUCGUACUGAUGUCUGGGCAUACGGUGUCACAUGCUGGGAAAUCCUAACCUUUGGACAAUAUGUUAAAUUAGGAUUGCAAUUCUACAGAGCACCGGAUCAAGUAUGCCGACAUUUGGUCGAAUCAAGAAUUUUCCUCAAAGAAGGAAAUCGGCUUUCGCAGCCCAGCAACUGCUCGUCGGAACUCUACCAAGUUUUGCUGCAAUGCUGGAUGGCGAAUCCGGAGUCUCGGCCGACGUUUACAAUGCUCCAUGAUCGAUUCUUAAACUUCUGCCGUAUCCCUCACCUAUACGUUGUGGACCAGACCGCACCGCAGGCGUUUAUCGAAACUGAGUCCCAGAGAGACCUACUGAGAGAAUUGUUGAACGACACAGAGAACGACUUCACCGAUCCGUUGAAUUACUUUGAAACUUGUGAAAAUCCUGACACACCCACGAGCGAUUUCGACGGGGCAUUUGAACCUCGCAAUGUACGAAGACUUCAAUCGACAUCAAGCUCUCAUCGAUACCAGACGGAUCCUAUGCUUCGUCCGAUCACUCGGCCUGCAGAAGUCGGCAUGGACGACGGAAAUUAUUUGAUUCCCAACGCGAAACUGUUGAACGAACAUGCCACCAUGUACACACCAGUCGUGGUGAACGAAAAUGGUGCCACUGAGCUAGUGAAUAGUCAUGACUACUACAAAUGA